UUUAUUAAAUGAGUGGUCCAGAUUUUGCCACACAAAAAAUAUUUUUAAAUUAAUUUAUUAUGAAAGGGUAUAAUGGUAAUUCACAUCCCCCUCUCUUCUUCCCAAAAAUCCUUUUUUUUCCCAAAUCACUACCGCUAAUCAGCCCUCCAUCUUCAUCUUUAUCCCUCUAAUUUCGUCGACGACAAUGGCGAUUGCCGCCGCCAUAUCGAUGCUGCUGAUUACCGUCAAACAUCCUCUUCGACUCGCAAUCUCUCUUGCUCCUCGGCUUGAAUACGCCGCUGCUCCUCGGGAUCAUUGAGGCGAACCUCCUCCUCUCAGCGCGCGAUCUCCGCCGAUUAUUUUCUGUUGUUCUUCUUCUUCUCCUUCUUCGCAUCCUUCCUUGAAUGAUAUUACGAUUCUCUUCCUUGAGAUCGCUGAUUUUUUUAUGGAGAUCUGCGAUCUCGUCGGAAUCUGCAUUGUUAGCUUCAACGAAUUCGUUGCCGGAGGUUGAAUUCGUGGACGUGUUCGGUUCCGCUCUCAAUUUGAUCAGCGAGAGGUUCAAUUCAUCAAAUCUUCAAUUUGUUGGAGUUCAUCAAAUCUUCAAUUCAGCAAAUUCGUUGCCGAGAGCUUCGAGUUCAAAUCGUAAUCAAUACCUAAGGUGUUAUCUGAUGGAUUCUUCAUCUUAUUACUAGUCGAGUUGACGAAUGGUGAAGGAUCUGUUAUUCCAAUUUGCAACGCUGAGUUGAGGCAUUAUGAAGGUCAAAAAUUUUCUUCACUUGAGGAGGGAAUUUCCUUUUAUGAAAAGUAUGCACAAGAAGCUUGUUUUGAUUGUCGAAGAUUUGGAAAUAGGUCUAGUGGUGGUGUUAUUACUUUUUCAGUAUGUUGUUUGCAACAGACAAGGUUUUCAUACAGUUGAUCCGUUGGAUGUUGAUGUAAGUAUAUCUGAGGAUGUAAACGUGUCAGAUGAUGAUGAAGUAACUUCAAAGAAGAAACGUAGACGUGAAACAAAAAGGUAUGGAUGUGGAGCAUGGAUCAGUUUCAAGUUUUUUUCUGAUUGUGGUGUUAAAUAUUAUCUUGUGCAUCAAUUCAUUGAGGAACACAAUCAUGCUAUGGUUGACAAAGAUCAUAAGCGAUUUAUGAAAGGAAAUCGCAGUAUGAAUGAUGUUCAUCACAAGUUUGUUGAAGAUUGCACCAAAGCUAACAUCGGUCCUACUUCAACUUUCAACUUAUUAAAGGAGUUUUUUGGUGGUUAUGAUGUUGUUGGGUGUACGUUGAAUGAUGUUAGGAAUUGUUCUCGUGAUAUUAAAGAGAAACUGGAAGAAGUGGAUGUUCAAAUGAUCCUAAAUCAGAUGCAAGAAAAGAAGAAAAUUUGUAAAGGCUUUUUCACAAAUAUCAAAGGUGUCAUGGACGUUACUUUGGAUCAUUUGCUUGCGGGUAUUGGUCCUGAAAUUUUUACUGAUGACACUACUGGAUCUUCAUCGGUUGAUGAAAAUGAUUCCAUCAAGAACAUAUAUAGUAUUGCUGUACCUAAAGAAAUAACUGCACAUGCUCCAGAUGUGGUUAGUACAAAGGGAGGUGCAAGUGACAAGAAAAGCAGGAUUAAGUCAAGCAUAGAGAAAGCAAUUGAAAAAGCAAGUAAACUUCAUAGGCGUUGUGGAAAGUGUUAUAAAGUGACUGAUCAUAAUGCUAGGAGUUGUGGCAGAAAGUAGGCAUAAUUGUUUUUUUUAACUACCAGAGUUGUUUUUUUAGUUUUAACAUAU